CAUCUUGCAGUGUGUGUAACUGAGAUCAUGGAAGAUGUCAAUUGAAAUGUGGUAAGAACACCAGUGACACUCGACUAUCACCUUGUGUGCCACUUUUUUUUUCUUAUCGCAUUUUGUGGUCAUCUUUGAUCUAUUUACUGAACAGACACACAGCAAUAUGGAAUCUUUUUGUUAAUCUCAAAAUAAGUUUCCCUUUCCUAAAGAAAAGUGAAAAUAGUUUUUUUAAAAAUACAUGUAUAUGCUUUUCUGUGAUAGGGGCUACUCUAGUCUGAUGCAGUUGAAAGGGAAAAUUGGCUUAAAUACAAAAUACUAGGGUUGAGCAUAGGGAGGGAGGAGAGGGAGGAUGCAUAAAUUAUGUUCCUUAUUCUUUGAUAAUCAACUUGUAAUUUCUUUGUGCAAUAACAGUACACUGCCGAAACAAAUGAGAAUUGAGAGGGAUAUAUCAAUUAUAGACUACGAGUAGUCCCUCUUUUGCUUAGUCCGUUGUGUGUGUUGUGUGUGUGAUAUUAAACCGUGAGAAAAAAAAAAGGCACAUGAAAUCCUGAGGGUGAGACGCGCGUUAAAGGAGGUGGUAGUCCCUCCUCUUGCAUGCUUGUUGCCCUCAAGAGUUCGCAUAGCCAUUUUUUUCUCAUGGUUUUCUUUCACGUCACACGAAGGAGUAAGCAAAAGAGGGACUACACGUAGUCUAUAUCAAUUAUGGGACACAAUUCUUAAUAAUUUAUAUCACCAUGAUAGAAAAAAAAAUCUUGGAAUUUUGGAAAAUGGUCAGCAAUAUUAUGUUUUAGACAGCUUAUUGUCGAUUCAAAGGCUUGUUCUUAUAAAGAUAUAGAUCAACAAGUUGUCACUGUAACUACAUCUGCGUGUACGCAUUGUCGACCUAUUUUUGCUCUUGGGAACAGCGAGCAUUGUGGGUAUAUCCGUGAAACAUGACUCAGGAAGAGUUCGCGUGACAAACAGAAAGAGGGUACAGCUAACCUGUUAGACCUUUGUGAAACCUCGUCGGAAACAUGGAAAACAAACCGCCAGAUUGGUCAACACUGAUAAACCAGAAAGGAGAAUUCGUUCGAACGCCGUCUUCUUUUCGUAACUGGGUGACGGCCGAUGGAUCUAGCGGUUUUGCAGCCGAACCAAAUCGAUAUCACCUGUACGUGUCGCUUGCCUGUCCUUGGGCGCAUCGCACUCUAAUAGUGCGAAAACUCAAAGGCUUGGAAGAUGUUAUUUCUUUCACAGUUGUCGACUGGUUCCUCGGUGAUGAGGGAUGGUCUUUUACAGACAGCAAGCCAAAAUGCACCCUGGAUACAGUAAAUGGAUGUCGUUUGCUCAGGGAGGUGUACCAAAUCUCUGAACCCGGGUAUACAGGGAGGGUCUCGGUUCCUGUUUUGUGGGACAAGCAGAAGAAGACGGUCGUAAACAACGAAUCCAGUGAGAUUAUCCGGAUGCUUAACAAGGAAUUCAACGCGUUUUGUGCCACAGAAGAGCAGAAGAAACUGGAUUUGUAUCCUGAUCACCUGAAGGAUAAGAUCGAAGAGCUCAACGGCUGGAUUUAUCCAAACAUCAAUAAUGGUGUUUACCGUUCAGGAUUUGCCACAUCACAGGAGGCAUAUGACAGUGCAGUGAAAGACGUCUUCAAUGCCCUUGACAAGGUAGAAGCUAUCUUGUCUAAGUCACGUUACCUGACUGGUAACACCAUCACAGAGGCUGAUGUCCGUCUCUUCACCACCCUUGUCAGAUUUGAUAUGGUUUAUGUUGGACACUUCAAGUGUAACAAAAAGCGCAUUAUGGACUGUCCAAACAUGUGGGGAUAUCUUCGAGAUCUGUACCAGACAAGUGGGAUUGGUGAGACUGUGGAUCCUGAACAUAUUCAAAAGCAUUACCAGCAAAGUCACUUGAAGAUUAACCCAUAUGGUAUUGUGGCCAUUGGACCAGAUUUGGACUUCAACAAGCCUCAUGGUCGACAGUAACAGUCACUCAACAGUUACAAUUUUGUGGUUAGGAACAGAGUGUACAACUGCAAGUUUGUACAGAUAUUUGAAAGUUGGGAAGAAGAACUUGUUUUCAGAACGAUGCUGCAAAUUUUGUAAUUUUUUUCUCUUUUUCACAUAUUUUAGGAAUUUGCAUUUCGUAACCACCUACCUUUUAUUUAUAUUUUUUAAAUUUUUAGUCAUACAUGCUCCACAGGGUGUUAAUUAAAGUGUUAAAUUUUAAUGGUAUAAAUAAAGGUGAUUGACUGAUU